UGUCAGUGUUUGGCCAGAGCAGUCACUCUGUACAGUGGCUUUCUGCAACAGCUGCUUCUCUCUGUAAUGGCUUACCUUGCAGGAAAUCAUGGAAAUCUGACGGAGGAGCAGGUCCACUGCUCCAUCUGUCUGGACGUGUUCACCAACCCUGUCUCCAUCCCCUGUGGACACAACUUCUGCCGCUGUUGCAUCCUAGACUACUGGAAGACCACCGCCCUGUUCCAAUGCCCCAUGUGCAAGAAAACCUUCUUCAAGCGGCCCGACAUUAGCAUCAACACCGUCCUGAGGGAGAUCGCUGAGCAAUUUAAGGACAUCAGGGUUAGCAACGCCGAGCGUCUCCAACGGCAGGAACUGAAAGAGGAACGAGAUUUGCAGAAGAAGAUGGAAGAGCAGAAACAGAAGGAGGAGGAGCAGAAAAAGACGGAGCGGGAGACGAAGAAGAAAGAGCAACAGGAGCUGGUUCAAAAGCAGCAGAAACUUCUCCAGGAGCUGAGACUGAAGCAGGAGAUGCAAAAGCUACAGCUGCCACAGCUGCAACGAACGACGAGCCAGGAACCAGAUAAACCAAUAGAAGAGAAGCCAGAGGGAGAGCCAGAGGAACCUCCAGCCGAUGCUCCUCCAUCCCCACCCCACAGCCCAUGGGGCGAGGUGUCUUGUGAUGUCUGCAUGGGCGACCGGAUGAAGGCCGUCAAGUCCUGCCUGGUGUGUCUGACCUCAUACUGCGAGGAACACAUUAAGAACCACAACACACGCUUCACCAAACACAAGCUGAUCGAACCCGUGACUAACCUUGAAGAGAGGAUGUGUCCCAAGCACGAGAGGCUUCUGGAGCUGUUCUGUAAGAAAGACCAUAUCUGUGUGUGUGUGCUGUGUACGGAGACGGACCACAGAGCUCACUUUACUGUACCUGUAGAGAGGGAGUGGACUGAUAAGAAGGCUCAGCUGAAGAAGACAGAGAUAGAUGUACAGCAGAUGAUCCAGGAAAGACUGAAGAAGAUGGAGGAGAUCAAGCACUCAGCGGAGCUGAAUAAGUCCAGUGCCCAGAGGGAGAUCGAGGACAGCAUGCAGGUGUUCCAGGAGCUGAUUCGGUCCAUCCAGAGGACCCAGGCUGAGCUGGUGCUGGCUAUAGAGGAAAAGCAGAGAGAGACAGAGAGGUGGUCCCAGGGCCUGAUAGGGGAGCUGGAACAGGAGAUCACUAAACUACAGAGGAGGAAUACAGACCUGGAGCACCUCUCACGCACAGAGGACCACAUCCACUUCCUACAGAGUUUCCCAGCCCUGUGUACCCCUCCAGCCACUAAGGACUGGUCUGGGACCAGUGUACAUACUGAAGUGUGUGUUGGGAUCAUCAGGAGAGCUGUGUCCAAAUUGGAAGAGACGCUGAGUGAGGAAAUUGACAAACUGGUGGACUCCGAGCUGAAGAAGAUUCUUAAGUACACAGUGGACCUGACCCUCGACCCAGACUCAGCCAACCCGUGGCUCCAGCUCUCGGAAGACCGCCGUCAAGUUAGGCACCUGGGAACUUGGCAGGACCUCCCGGACAUCCCAGAGCGUUUUGACACUGUGGUCAUAGUCCUGGGUCGCGAGGGCUUCACGGCGGGACGCCACUACUGGGAGGUCCAGGUGGGGGACAAGGAUGACUGGUACCUAGGUGUGGCCAAGGCAUCAGUCAACAGGAAGGGGCGUAUCGCCGUCAGCUCCUCCCAGGGCUACUGGGCGCUGGCCAUGAAGAAAGACCAGGGAUAUAGGGCCUCCACGACCCCGCCGUUACCUCUAACCCUUGACCCCAAGCCGAAGAGGGUCGGGGUGUAUGUGGAUUGCGAAGAGGGCCAGGUUUCGUUUUACGACGUGAAGGAGAGGAGUCAUAUCUAUACAUUCAUGGAGGACAACUUUAAGGAUAAGUUGUUUCCGUUCUUUUAUCUGUACUGUUGUGAUAAACAGUCGGAUGCCAUGGUGAUCUGUCCGAUCAAUGAAAAGAGUCUGAUCAAGCAAUGCUGAGAAAUACUCUGACAACAACUCUGAAAGAAUACAAUUCUGUCUGCAGAAAAUACUGUGACAUAUGAUCUUGGUAGGGAAACCGUAAAACAAUUAUACAUUGACACUUAGUGGUGGCUUAAAGAACCAUGGGGGUGAGUGCCCGACGUCAACAUCCUUGACCUUAUUGAUAUUUGUUAUGGUGAUAACAAGCUGAUUUAUUUUGUUGUCCAGCCCCCCUAGGCCCCUGGUCAGUUGAACCCUGUUGAGAAAGAUUGCAACUAGGGGAGAGUGGGGUAUGUUUAACCAUUGUUUACAUUCAGCAUCACUACGUCAAGGGAAAUAUAGUAUUCUUUCUAACAAAGAUAUCUACAUAUAUUUCACAAUGUGGUUUAUCCCUGAAAAUAAUUAGAAUUAAUGUAAACAUAACGGUUUUGAAAACAUAGCCUUUCCAAAUAAAAAAGUGGUUUGCUCAACUUACCCUGGGUAUGGGGUAAGUUGAGCAUCGGGACAGGGUAAGUCGAGCAGCCUUGGGGUAAGUGGGUGGUGGUGUCCUGUGACAGUGGUUGAUGGUGCUGUUAGGUCAAAGUUGAAUUCAUGGAAUGGGUAUACUGUAUAUGUUAAAUAUAUGUCUACAUUCAGAUAUAGAACACUCUGUUCAAUAUCCCUUACCCUUCUAUUUCUUGACCAGUUGUCUGGGACGGGGAUGUUGUUUUGAUGUGCCAAUUUGUCGGCUAGUUCUCUGCAUUUGAGGCUACAAAGCCCAUGAAACUGGUCCAAAAGAGUAUUGAUACGUUUAGCAAAGCUCAAACUCUAUGUCAUCAGAUAAGACCAUACAGAGUGUGCACCUGCUACUCCUUAUCAUAGCCUCUCUUUCGCACACAGCUACAUGUUCAUUUUGUUUUUCGGUCAUUGUCUAUUUGUUCAUCCCUUGCUGCUGCUGGAGAUGGACUUCUUCCCUUCUCUCACUUCCUUGGCUGCUCGCUCAAGAACCUCUUUGUGGCUGGAACCCUGCUUGUUUUACGUUUGUGUACACGGGACAUGAUGUCUGCUCUGUAACAAUAGACAUGGACUCUCUUGAGUUCAUAUGUUCAGACACAUUGCAAAAAUACUAUAUGCUAUGCAUAAAACUGACGAAAUGUAAUCAUUUGUAUGGGGUAGCUUUGGCUCAGCUUAACCCAUGACCAUUGGCUCCACUAACCCCAAGGCAAACAAGAAUGCACAUUUGUGAAAGGUUUAGGACCUCAUAUUCAUCAGAUCCCAACUGAUGUGUAAAACAAUCAUAAAACGAUCUACUUUUCUUUAGAUACAAGCAUCAUGAAACUUAUGAACAAAAAAUGCAUUUGCUUUGUGAAAAUCCGUUAUUUGGACCUAACUUGCUUGCCACUUUUUCCAUGUGGUUUCUUCCUUCACAGACUCCAUGAAAUGAUGACCUCUUCCUAAAUAUUUGGUCACUUGAUUCAUUUGAUGUAUGCUUUCCUAGAAACAAGGGGUGGCUCAACGAACCUUUUUACUCAACUUUCCCCACUGUCCCCUACCUCAAAGCUGCAAUAUGUAACUUUUUGGGUGAACAGACCAAAUUCACACAGAAAUGUGAGUUAUAGAUCUGUCACUCAUUGAAAGCAAGUCUAAAAAAGCAGUAGAUCUGUUCUGCGUGUGCCUUUUCUAUGCUUCCCAUUCUUACGUUUUUAGUUUUUGCAUCUUUUACUUUCGGUUUUGCAGACCAGCUUCAAACAGCUGAAAAUGCAAUAUUUUCAGUUAUUAUAUGGUACAAUGAUUCACUACACUAUACAUUGAUUGUUUUGUUACAUAAACUGACAUUAGGUGAACUAUUCGAAUUUUAGCAUAUUGCACCUUUAACUUAUAAUCCUAAUAGACUGGUAGGUAGGAUGAUAGUGUUGUUUUUUGUUUGUGUUUUUUUGAUGGCAUAUAUCCUGUUGAUUAAAGUCUAGAUUAAACAUCAAAAUGAAUAUGAAUCUAACAGACAUGGGUUUAAAAUACUUGAAAAUAAUUUCAAAUUAUUUUUCUGUGCCUAUUGCCUGACUUAAUAAACCAAUAGAUAAGUCUCAAAACGGCAUAUCCCGUCCAUCUGGCACUCCUGGCAGAUUCAAGCAAACGCUCAAAGUAUUUGAACCCAGGUCUAAAAUGUAACAUGCCUUAAUUGUAUCUAUGUUGAAGACAGUGUUGUUUACUGACUUGCACUUUAGCAUUGCAUGCCUAUUCACAUAUUCAAUGUACACUGUAAAAAUAGGAUGAGGAUUUUCAACAAUAAAUGUGUUUGUCUUUGG